AUGGUGGAGGGGGAGAGGCCGCGGGCGCUGCUGCGGCUGGUGCAGGAGGGCCGGCUGGAAUUCCUGCGGGAUGAGCUGCAGCAGGACACCACCUUGGGCCCAGCAGUGCAGAAGCAGCGCUAUGGGCGCCUGAGGGACACGCUGCUGCACCACGCUGCCCGCUACGGGCACCAGGAUGUCCUUGCCUACCUGGUAGAGGUGUUGGAGAUGGAGAUUGAGGCGUUCAACAGUGACUACAAGAGACCUCUGCACGAAGCGGCCUCCAUGGGCCAUGGGGACUGUGUCUCUUAUCUCCUGGAGAGAGGAGCAAGUGUGGACUGCUUGAAAAAGGCAGACUGGACUCCCCUAAUGAUGGCUUGCACUAGGCCAAACCUGGAGGUGAUCAAAGCUCUGGUGGAGCAUGGAGCCAACCCACUGCUGAAGAAUAAGGAUGGCUGGAAUUGCUUCCACAUUGCGAGCCGGGAGGGCCAUACCCAUGUCCUCCAGUAUCUGCUGGAUGUGUCCCCAAGCAGCUGGGACACAGAGAGCACAAUAAAGAGAACUCCUCUGCACACAGCAGCGAUGCACGGCUGCCUGGAUGCUGUGGAGCUACUGCUGGAGCGGUGUCAGUACAAACCUGACAGCAGAGACAGAUGUGGAGUCACUCCCUUCAUGGAUGCCAUCCAGAAUGGUCACGUAGACAUUGCCCGGCUGCUCCUGGAAAAACACCAGGCCAGUCCUUCAGCUGUGGAUGCUCUGGGCGCUCAGGCUCUGCACCGGGCAGCUGUGACAGCCCAGGAUGAAGCCAUCCAGUUCCUUGUCUCAGAGCUGGGUGUCAACGUCAAUGAGAGAGCCACCACCCUCCAACUCACAGCUCUGCACUACGCAGCCAAGGAAGGACAUGCACACACCAUCCAGACACUGCUGUCCCUCGGCGCUGAUGUCCAUGCCAAGGAUGGAAAAAAACGUUCAGCUCUCCAUGCAGCAUGUGCUGGGCAGCAGGCGGAUGCUUCACGGGUCCUGCUCCGUGCUGGGCUGUGUGAUGCCCCGGAUAGCAUGGGUAUGCUGGCACAGCAGCUGGCAAGCAAGCCAGAGGUCAUCCAGGUGUUCCAGGAAACCGAUGUCAGAACCUGAGACCAACUGGGAGAGAGAAAGACAUUUAAUUUCAGCAUGAUGGUUUGUGACGACUUCUGGGAAGUAUCCAAGGGUCUGUCCACCUGGAUGGGGAACUUGGGCACAGUCCUCCUGUCCAAGAGCAAGACGUAAUGGCAAAU